UUACCUGUUACCAGAAAGUUUUACGUCAUUCCACCACCACACACACAUCAACCAAUGCAUACAUAAUUGGUAAAAAAUAUACCAGCUGACGUGGCCUUCUAACCAUGACAACCACAAUGUAGGCUAAAAUGUUCAAAAACAUCCUCAAAACCAUUAGACACAAAUAUGUUUAUUAAUUAUUUAUUAGAAAUGAAUAAUUAGUAAUAAUAAUUCUGAUAUGUAGUCACAUAGCAAACAACAAAUGGCUUUUUUAUAUUUUGAGAUUUUAAUAACAUGUUCGAUGUUUAAAGUUCUUUCUUGUUUGGAUAACAGUGAUGAGUGUGAGCUAAAAUUAAGCCCCUCUGCUCUAGGACAGAGCUAUUCUGAGACCGACACUUAGUCAGACAGCCAAUCGUGAGCCGAAGUAUCUAUAGACUCGGAGUGGACAGCGUAACACGUGCCACACUCUUUCCAAAACGAAAACUGUUUGUCCAACAGGUCUUGUCAACCAACUGCUCUUUAUCUUGAGGAAACAGACCUCAUCAGCAAGUACAAGAUUCUUCUAUUUUCUAAUAGAGAUAUGUUGGAUGUUUUAAUAAUUGGAGGAGGUCCUCAUGCUCUAACCCUCGCUACUCUGCUCUCAAACCCUGAACAACCUCUCUGCCAAUCUAACGCUGAAAUCCUUCAGGGAAUUCAGCUGAGCAAAACGAAAGCUAAAAGUGCACGCUACAAAAAGAGACAACCCACCAGGCCAGUGUUUGACACAGAGAAUGAGGCCAAAAGUCUGCCAUGUCCUCCGUUGCACUUCAAAGUGGUGGAUUCUUACGGAAAAUGGACAUCACUGUGGGAGAGUCAGUUUGCUUCCUUGAAUAUCCCUCACCUCCGAUCACACACACUGGUACACACCGAUCCAUUCAAUAAGAAGGCCUUGCAGAAUUUUGUGCUGGAGCAAAAUCGUCAGGACGAGCUGUACUGUCUACCUGAGAAAAUUUGCAUUCAAGACGAGAAUGCAUUUUUUAACGACAAUCGCCUGGGAAAGAAGGACAAAAAUCUGCUUAGCACAACAAACGGCCUGCAGAAAAAUCUGUAUUUCAGUCUUCCAGGAACGCAGCUCAGUAUUGACUUUUUCCAGGAGCAGGUACGCAAAUAUGACCUGGACAGUGUCUUAAUCAGAGCCACAGUGGACAGAAUCAUCCCAGUCUUAGCUGAGGAUGAAAGAAUGGUGAAGUUUUUCAAGGUGACACUACACACUGGGGAAAACUUAGAAGCAAAAAGAGUUAUCAUGGCGACAGGGCCUUCCAGGGCACAGAUGGCAAACAUCCCAUGUUGGGUGCAGGCAAUCCAGGAGAGCUACCCAGAGGAAAGUCUGCAACACACAGUGCAGCUCAUGCACUCCUUAUGUACACAUGAAGAGAUGGGUGAACCCUCCUCAGGUUCUCCUCCUGUGUGUCAGAUGGGUCAAAGAGUGAUGGUGGUAGGUGGAGGUCUGACCAGCGCCCAUGUUAUCUCAAUUGCACUGAAGCAGGGUGCAUGCCAUGUGACCUGGGUCUUACGUAAACACUUACAGCUUAAACAGUUUGACGUUGGGGACAUAGAGAGUCUGAUUGGACGCUAUUCCCACGUUGAGCAUGGGAUCAAGAUGGAUGGCCUGGCCUACCUACGGCAGUUCUACAAUGAAAAAAGUCUUCACAAAAGGCUAGCGAUGAUAAAACAAGCCAGGAAAGGAGGAGCAGUGACUCCCGAGGCCUAUGUACAACUUCGGCCCUUCAUUCAAAGCGGCCAGCUCCUGAUCAGAGCACAAUGCCAGGUGACUGAAGCUAAAUGGUGUUAUCAGUCCCAGCGUUGGAGGGUUUCUUUAUGCAACGGCGAACAGUGGAGUGGGGAAAAGAUUUGGCUGGCAACAGGCUGCAAACUGGAUGUUGCCCAGGACCCUUUGCUUUCUGACGUUAUGAAAAAAUUCCCCAUUCAAGUUCUGGAGGGCUGGCCAUACAUUACAGAAUCACUGCAGUGGAGAGCAGGAUGCCCCCUCUACCUGAUGGGACAAUAUGCAGCACUGCAGGUUGGGCCUCAUGCAGUGAACCUUGCAGGGGGUCAAGCCGCAAGCAUACGCAUUUUCAAAAACAUCAUAGCUCAACACAGAGGAUUGGAUGAGAGCACAUCAGAAAGGAAGGAGAAGACCCGCACUGAAGAGUACAUAUCACAUAUGCACGGCCUCAUGUGGUUGUAA